AUGACAUUGAAGACGGCCGCUCCGCCUCCAGCAGAGGCGGCGAAGCCCGCCAAACGAACCACACGCAGCUCUAUUCGACACUCACUUAACCUCGCCUCCGUCGGCAAGGCACUCGCAGAUGUCAUGAACAAGGAAAAAGAUGGAAAAGACACAGACCGCAAGAAAGACUCCACACGCAGACAGUCUACAUCGUCGUUGAGCUCAAAGGAGACAGCGGCGCGCCGAACAAGCACCAUAAAUGUCUCAAAGAGUGGAAACACCCUCGAAUCCGUACCCGAAGGUCAGGCAAAGGGUGUUAACUCCAGUGGCAGCACGCCUGACCAGAAGACUGUGACGGCUACAAGGCGGAUAAGCUCCUCGUUGCAAAGGGCUGGAAGGUCAUCUGUUGACGAGACUGGCGUGAAAGUCACGAGUGCUACUAUACCUUCGCAAUCGGCCACGGUCAAUAACCGCACUACAACCACAUUGCGUCCACGCAAACCUGCCGCUUCUGCUACUAAUGUUGCUGGUGCUGCUGGUAACUCGGCUCUCCCUAAAUACAGACCAAAGUCCGUGAUUGUGGAGGGCUCACCCAAAGAGACCCUAUCUGCCAUUCGCGUUGGUACGCGACGGAAACACAGUGUCUCUGAAGAGGACAAGGAUAAGGACGAUAAAGACAGCACUAGUCUAGAAACGAGCAGCUUGAACGGUGCCUCUACCGAGAUGGAUAAAGCGGCGCGUCCGAUAAGCCCUAUUCCGCGUCGAGCUUCAAAGUCUAGUGGCUCGCGUUCAGCUAGCAUUGAUUGCGGUAGACGAUCGCUUUCACGAGAUGCGAGGAGUUCGCUGGACCGAACUCCAACUACAUCUACGCCUCCUCGUCCGAAGAAGACGCAAAGACCGUCUUCCUCACCUGUACUCAAGAAAUCCGGCCUACCAUCUGGCUUACCACGUCCUUCACCUCGCGGGGACACCUCGUCAGCAUCCGGAAGCCCACACACACCUAGUUCAGCUAAGAAACUCGUAUCUCGCUAUUUACCCGGAAGUUCCAGCAGCGGGCGCGACAGCCCGAGUCCUUUGCGUACCUCGGCGACUGCAAACACCCAUGCGCGACGAAGCACUAUUACGAGUAUCAAGAAGGAUUCGAUUACCUCAUCAUCGGACUCGAACCAGAACACGCCUACUGCUCCCGUACAGUUGAGCUCCAGCACACAGAAGGAAGUAGGCAAUGACAGUAUAGACGAUAUUGAGAUGAUGCUUCCGGCAGUUACUUCACCAUCUGCACCUACACCCUCUAUUCCGAGGAUCGGGUCCGUCUAUCAGGCACCUGAACCUCCAGACCUCGCUCGUCACCCCUCUUCCAUUUUGGAUUUAUCAUUGAGCUUGUCAACACCGCAAAGCGAGAGGCUAUCACUCCCACCUUCGCGGCGAACGACACCCAAUCGACGACCCGCAGCCGACAGGAACUCCACCGUUGCUUGGCAAGCGUUAGCAGACCUGUCACUUGAGAUUAACGCAGACCAACUGCAGGGAGGGUUAAUCACUGAAUUGGACUUACCUUCUACUCCUCUCGGGCUUAUUUCUCCUAGUCCGAGUAUGAUGAGGCUGGAUUCUGAGGAUGGGCAUGAGAGGUGUCCUACUCCUCUGAAUCUGGGUUCACCGAGUAAAUACGCUUCGAUCUCGCAGUUGCUACUGUCGAAUGGGAGUGCGGGGUACCCAAGUGCCGCUCCCCAUCUCCUUCCCCCCAACAACAACAAAACCAGAAACAACUUGAAUAGGAAGAAGAGCACCGAAAGUGACGCAGCAGCAACCGAAUCCGCCGUCAUCACACUCCUCAAACUCCAACUCGCAUCAAUGGAGAACCUCGCCAAGGAACGACUCACACAAAUCUCGAAAUUGGAAGAACAAAUGCAUGUAUUGAAAGAGUCAAGGAAGAGAGACGAGAGAGAGUUGUUGACGCAUGUGAAUGAGCUUGAGGAGAGGUUACAUGAGACGCUUGUUGCUCAACACGAACAACAGCGGUCACGAUCGCGUGCGGCGAGUGUUUGUUCUAUGCGGAGUACUAAUACGAGUUCAUCUGCGCGAGGGGGUGAUGUGGAAGACUCGUCGAGUUCACAUGAAGCUUGUCAAUCCCUCCUUGAAUCUCGUAUCCGCGAACUAGAAGAUACCCAUGCACACUCCCUUACAGAAGCACUCUCCUCCCUUGCCCAACGCGAACGCGCAGAACGGACUCGCCUCCUCACACACCUAGACACUAAACAGCGACUCACUCUCACUGCGCGCGACGCUCAACAAACCUGGCGAGGUGUGCACGAGAUAGCGGAGUGCGAGUUGGAAGCGAUAAGUGCGAAUCGCGAGACGUUGGAUGUGUUGAGAGCGGGACUUGAUUUGUUUGAGAGGCAGAUGAGGAGUGGUUGUGGUGGGAAUGGGAAGAUCCCGGUGGGCGCUGCUGCGCGAUUUCAUCUUGCUUAAGACUAUUUUUCCAUUUAUAUCAUUUUAUCCUCUGCUUUUCGUUUCUUUCCUUUUUCUUUCCUCUACUUUCUUGAACUGUUUGUUACAUGCACGUCCUACCCUGAACACGCACAUGCACCUCCACUUCGUCCUUCCAUGUCUAUAUAAUGUAUCUUAUAAUAUUGCUUCCACCAUCUUGUCAAUCCUUUCCUUAACUAAAUCCUUAUUUCAUCUUUUCUUGACGCUUACGUCUCAUCAC